AUUUGUGUGAUCAGUGGCAUUAAAUUAUAAACAUUUAACGGCGGUAACUGGAAUCCACCAAAACACUGAAUUGAUAUAAGUAAAGAUUUUGUAAAUAACCAAAUCUACAGAAUUCAUUUAGACGAUAAAUAAUUCGUGCGAUACGAGGAAGAAGGUAUCCAUUGAAAAUGCCACGGACGAAAAAUGUUCGGAAACCAGAACAGAAACGGGAACGGAAUCUUACAAAAGAAAGUAAUUUAUUAAUGAGAGAUUUUGAGCGUCAGGCACAUUUACGAAUUUUAAAACAGGAAGGAGAAGGAAAAAUGUCAAUAAAAAGUUAUAUAAAUUUUAUUGAUGUUACUUUUUCCCGACUUCCGUCGGAAAUACGGGAGAUGACUCUCGGUGAAAUGCUCAACUGUGAAGUUGAUAAUGAAGAAAAAGAAAAUUGCAACGAAGUUUCGUCGUCAGUCGAUGACUAUUCAUUACCAUCAGUUCCAACGAAAGUAAAAGGAAAGAAAAAUAGAAUUACUGCGUCCGACGAUGGAUACGUAACCGAAGGUGUCGCCACAACACGCUUGUCAAGAGCUCCAAAAAUUACAGAACCUACCCCUGCUAGUAAAACACAUAGCAGUUCAAGAAACAGUAGGGCUAAGCUUAGUCAAGCUAGCCAAGAGUGUAAGACUGUAAAAAAGAUAAGUAAACAAGAAAGGAAUAAAGAAUCAAUAAAACCUAAUAAAUUUAUAACACCUGCGACUCUAAAACCUGGAAAUCAUGAAUUUGGUCUUAUAACGCCAAAAAUUAAACCUAAUACACCAAUGAACGUAUUAAGACGUCCACGACAAGGAGAAAUGGUUCUUAGUAUGCAAGGUAGUCCGUUAUUAGUUUCUUCAAUUGUUCGGGAAAAUACAGCCAAUAUUAAUGUACCUUUGGCUAAUGGUAAUGUUAUAUCUUUAUUACCUAAUGAUGGUUUACGUAUGUCACAUAUUCCUCAAUUAGAUCCAGAAACCAUGAGACAAUUAGAAACUCUAAAGAAUCAUAUUGAGACAGUUAUCUCUGCAAAUUAAGUAUAUAUGUGUAUUUUUGUCAUUUUGGUUACAACUUUAUUGUAACUAAUAAGUAACACCUUCUAAAUAAACCAAAUUAUAUCAAGUUUAAUAUAUUUAAA